AUGGCUGCUGCUGGCGUACGAGUGAUGAAAGACAAACCUGGGUCGGACUUGAACCCAGUUCUGUUCCACAUACUUUGGCCUGAUUCCACUCUGGCCCAAACUGGCCCUAACUCGAGAGCCCUCCCCCCUCCCCCACCCAACAUGAUUAAGGAUGAUUCAUUUAAUUUUAACUGUGUGAUCACAGCUGCCUUCACUAACCAGGUGCAGGUCAAAGAGCCAGCGUCUUUCAAGGAUGUCAGCACCCUCCAGGAGGCUGAGUUCAUAUUUGAGCUUAUAAAGGAGAUGCAGACCAACAACCCAAUGGAAAAGGCCCUGCACAAAAUUCUCCAGAGGAUCGCUCUGCUGAUCCAUGCUGAUCGCUGCAGCUUCUUUGGCUACAGGGCUCGUCACGGAGUGCCUGAGCUGUCGUCGAUCCUCUUCGACGUGUCACACAAUUCUCCAUGUGAAAGGAACAUAGUGAAUCCCAAUGUGGAGAUUGCAUUUCCCACCGACAUGGGAAUUGUUGGAUGGACGGCACACUCCAAGAAGCCACAGAACGUUGCUGAUGUUAAGAAGAACUCUCAUUUCAGUGACUUUGUGGAUAAACAGACCAAAUAUACCACCAAAUGCAUACUUUCAACUCCUAUUAUGUGCGAUAAGGAACCCAUCGGAGUCGUCAUGGCACGAAACAAACAAGGUGCUGAUGAAUUUUCAAAGAGUGAUCAGGAGCUCUUCAAUAAAUACAUGAACUUUGCUGCUGUGGUCGCUCUCCAUGCCCACACUUCUUGCAUGUGGGAUGUAGAGUCCAGGAGAAGCCAGGUGUUGCUGUGGUCAGCCAGCAAAGUUUUUGAAGAGUUGACGGAUAUUGAGAGGCAGUUUCACAAAGCCUUGUACACAGUGAGGACAUACAUCAAGUGUGAGAGAUACUCAGUGGGACUCCUGGACAUGACCAAAGAAAAGGAAUUCUUCGAUGAUUGGUCAAUCAAACUAGGGGAAGUGGAGCCAUACAAAGGCCCCAAGACACCUGAUGGCACAGAAAUCAUCUUCUACAAAAUUAUUGACUACUUGCUGGAGGACAAAGAAGAGAUUAAAGUUAUCCCGUAAUUACUCAUCCUCUCUGAACUCACAGCGGUCAUUGAUCUGCUCCAAACACACGUCAGGACUUGUUUUACCUUCUCGAUCUGCAACAUGAUGAAUGCUGGAGCAGAUGAGUACUUCACAUUUCAGAGAGAAGCGGUGGAUGAGACUGGGUGGAAGAUCAAGAACGUCCUCUCCCUCCCCAUCGUCAACAAAAAGUAAGAAAUUGUUGGUGUUGCCACUUUCUUCAACAGAAAAGAUAACAAACCAUUCGACGAGAAUAAUGAACAAAUUACAGAAGCUCUAACCCAGUUCCUUGGCUGGUCCACUCUGAAUAGUGACACCUACGACAAACUGAACAAGACAGAGUGGAGGAAAGAUAUUGCCCAGGAAAUGCUCAUGUGCCAGACAUCGGCCACACCAAAGGACGUGCAGAGCAUCCUGAUCCAGCUAAAGAUAGCUUUAGGAGAGCAGGGCUGA